UCUGUAUAAGGGGAGAGUGCAGUACAGCCAGACCCUGAACUACUGUAGAAUGACCAUCACUGACCUGAGAGAGAGUGACGCUGACACAUACAGGUUCAGAUUCUACACUGAUGAUCCUGAGGGCAAAUACACCGGCGAACCUGGAGUCACUCUGUCUGUCACAGAUCUGAAGGUUACAGUGUCAGAUACAGAUGGAGGAGUAAAGAAGCUGACCUGUAGCUCCACCUGCACUCUGCCCAACCCCACUUACAUCUGGUACAAGAACAGACAGCCUGUAUUUAACCAGAACAGAAAUGAACUGAAUCUGAGAGACAGAACUGUGGAUGCAGGCAGCUACUCCUGCGCUGUGAAAGGAUACGAGGAGCUCCGCUCUCCUGCUGUCUGUGUUUUUGAUAAAGGCCUGCAGGUGAAAGUGGAAGGUUCUGCAGCCACAGAGGGACAGACAGUAACACUGACCUGUAGCUCCACCUGCACUCUGCCCAGCAACCCCACUUACAUCUGGUACAAGAACAGACAGCCUGUAUCUCAGUGUGAAUCUGCCUCCUGCUCUGUACCUGUGGUCAGUGAAGCGCACCGCUGCAGCCCCCCUCCCCCUCUGCACAUCUUCACUGCAUAUCAGGUUAGAGUACCCAAUAGGGGGCGAUGCAGUGAGUUCAAUGACUUUAGGCUGGUCACUCUAACAUCACAUGUCAUGAAGACCCUGGAGCGCCUGCUUCUUCACCUUCUCAGACCCCAGGUUCAACACGCAACGGACCCCCUGCAGUUCGCCUACAGGGUGAAAGUGGGAGUGGAGGAUGCCAUGCUAUACUUUCUCCAUCGGGCCCACUAUAAUCUGGACAAGGGUGACUCCCCUAAAAACACCAGAGCGGUCAUUCUUCCCUCUGGACAGAGAGUGGAGGGAGACUCAGUGACUCUGACCUGCAGCAGUGAUGCAAACCCUCCUGUUCUCUCCUACUACUGGUUUAAUCAGAGCUCAGACGUAGAGCUGGGAACAGGACAGAGUUACAGCAUCACCAGCAUCAGCUCCCAGCACAGCGGACUGUACUACUGCACCGCUCACAACCAGCUCGGACAGAGCAGCUCAGGACCCUCCCGUCUGGAUGUGUUAUGUGUUUGCAUGUCUGCCACUGGGCUGUGGAAGCAGUUUGCUGUUUGGGGAACUGUUGGAUUCGUUUCUGCUCUGGUUUUGUCUCUUAUUAACGCUGUUGUCUGCUUUCGGAGGAAGAGAGGAGCAGUGAGAGGAGCUGAUGUUCAGGCUCCAAAGUCUGGAGACGACACAUACUCAGCUCUGAACCCCAACACCACGUCCUCCGACUACGACACUCUGACUGUUCUCCGUCCUCACCCAGUGAUGAGAAGAGCUCCAGAGAACGAGAACUAACAGCUGUGUUCAUUUACUCUUCAUUCACCACUGUAGCUUCAGCUCUAUGGACAGAACAUUAAAGAGGCGUACGGAGGAUUUCUGAGGAUUAAAGAGCUUUUAGAGCUCAAAACACAUCAGAUGAUUCCUAAAGUCAGAGUGAUUCUCUCAGAUCAGUCAGAGGAGCUUCUGUUUAUGAAGGGUCUUUAUUCACUGUUGUGCUUUUAUACACCAUGAUGAUUCAAACACGGACCAGAAUCAGGCAGUUCUGAUCAUUCAGGAUGAACAGAGUUACG